UCCGUUGCUAAUUUGUGCAUGCUUAAGUCUAGCUUUGGUCCUUAGCCUCAUAAAUGCCGCCCUGCAUUUCUUGACUCUAUAAAUGCUUGUAUUUACAUCACAAACUUCCCCACUCUUUUUACAACCAACCCUCCCUUUUGUUUCUAACCAUUCAUGCGACGUUUUCACUCUUCUUCCUUCUCUGUCCCCUUUUUAGAUCUUUUCCAAUGCUAAAGGAGUGGUUUCCAGGCAUACCUGAGGUGGUAUUUAGGUGUGGAGAAGCAGUUUCUUGUUGGGUUUUUGCUGCGAUGAGAGAUCUUGGAAUUGGGUUCUUGAUUAGCAUGUUGAAGAGAACUGUGCUUGCUGCUUUCACCUGCAUUUUUGCAUUGGGAGGUGCAAUAGUUGGAACCGUUGUAGGAGCAAUGAAAGGCCAGACAACAGAAAACUGGGUUUUUAAGGGGAGCGGAAUUGGUGCUGUUGCAGGUGCUAUCACAGCUGUUCAAUUGCUGGAAUCGUUGGCUGAUGGAGAGUCAUUGUCCAAGGUAGCCUUAUUAGUUAGCUUAGUAAAUGGUAAGGUCUUCAUCGAAUGGGUAAGUCCAGCAGUGCUAAAAGCUUAUCAAUGGCAAAUGAACUCACUAGAAUCGACAUACAGAGAAAUCUCAGACAUAUAUGAUGUAAAUGGAGCAAGGGGUCUGUCUAGAUGUUGCAUUCAAAAGCUUCCAGUGCAUGAAUUUCAUUCCAGUGAGAUGAUCAGGGAGGAAUCUUCUUGUUCAAUUUGCUUACGAGGGCUUAAGGAUGGAGAAAUUGCAAGAAAUCUUCCCAAAUGUGGCCACAUCUUCCAUUUAAACUGCAUAGAUGAAUGGCUAAGCCGGCAAGGCACUUGUCCCAUGUGUAGAGAACAUGUUUUUAAUGAUGCUGAGGAAUUGUAAAUCAUCAAACUUUUAAU